GAACAUCCAGCUCAGAUUCCUAUUCACCAAAAAGAGGUGUUAGGAAAGCAUUUUGCCACCCCCACCUCCUCCAUUGCAUAGUAGAAGUCAAGACAUGUUAUUUGGAGAGAGAUGACAUGUUAUUCUGGAGGAAGCUAUUCUUAAAAGACCUGACAAAAG